AUGUCCUUCCGCGGAGGUCCACCACGUGGCGGGCGUGGCGGUGGAGGAGGGGGACGUGGCGGUAGUGGUGGAGGACCACCAGCACAAGGCGGUAUUUACCUCGCUGGAGAGCCAAUACCUCCACCGGACGCCAAGAUAACUGCAGCGGAAGACGAACUGGUCAAACAGACUCGUGAUCAGAUGUUCGAAAACUUUCCAGGUCGGCGUGGCUACGGUACCAAAGGCAAACCCAUCAUUCUGCGCACCAAUUACCUCGUCAUGACCACAGCGUACGAAGAAAAAACCCCUUCGCACGAAGCUCGUCUUCCUGAGCCAAGCGUUUCGACCGUUAGGGGAACGUGCGGUAAUCCAAGGUUCUGA